AUGUAUUUAUUAAUCAACUUAAUUGCACUCUCGGUUAUUGUCCAAUACAACGGUGUGUCCCACGGCUUACAGGACCGGCCAUUGGUUGGCCUAUUGGCACAGGAGUAUUGGGCUCCUGGGGCUGUAAAUCAGUCACAUAUAGCGGCCAGUUAUGUGAAAUACUUGGAGAGCGCCGGCGCUCGGGUGGUGCCUGUUAUGAUCAAUGAGACGGAGCAGUAUUACAAACAGAUUAUUGCGGAGACAAACGGCCUGUUAAUACCGGGUGGAGAUCAAAAUUUGCGCACAAGUGGUUACGCCAUAGCAGGCGCUCAUCUAGUAAAAUAUGCCCAUGCUAAUGCCAGCCGUCCGUAUCCCAUAUGGACCACGUGCUUAGGUUUUGAGUUAGUAGCGCUGUUAAUGUCUAAAUUACCAGCACUGGGCUCAUGCGAUACUAAUGAUGUUGCCCUUCCACUUAAUAUGACCAUGGGCUUUAAGGAAAGCAGAAUGUUUUCUGGUGUCAACCCCUCUAUUGUUAAG